CUACAUUGGCAACAUUGUUGCUGCAACAUGUGGCGUGCUGCCGGCUACUACCGAUUGUCAUUCGUGUUGGCCAUGUGCGGGUCCCGGUUUUCCACUUGCGAAUUUGAAAUCAUUUCCAUUUUGGCGGCAACUGAAUUCGGAUUAUUCCGCAAAUUUCUUCUUGAGUGAUUGAUAAGACACCUAUAAGCUUCAGUAUCAUCAGCAUCAUGUCCUCACCCGUCGGUCCAGAGCCCAGCAACCUGAUCUGCCCCAGCUGCCACCAGAACGUGACCACGCGCACCGAGCCAAAGGCCUCGACCAAGACGCACUUGAUAGCGCUGAUCAUGUGCCUGACCUGCCUCUUUCCCUGCGCGUGCUGCCUGUACUGCACGGAAUGUGCUCGCAACACGGCACACUUCUGCCCCUCCUGCAACGCCUACAUUGGAUCCUACGAGCGUUGAGUGGAAGCCAGGCUCUCUCUGGUCUGCUCCCCAGCAGCCAUGCCGGAAUGCUACGCUACUUUUUCUAAAUAUUGAUAGUACUUUUGUAUAUUUAACCUAUAUCAUUGCCUCGCACAAGCAUUUAUUCUUACGCAGCAUUUUGAUGUUAAGCAAAAUAUUUUAGUGUAAGAUUGAGCUUAUUUUGUUCCACAGCGCAACAAUAAAAUCACCAGUUGAUAACGUUUCAAAAAUAUCACGGGAAUAUCUAAAAUUGAAUACUCUCCUAACCUACAUUACGAUUACGCCCAUUCUCGCCCCAUACGUUUAUAUAUGUCCGUUCAUAUGAAACCAUUACAGUAAGCUCAAGGCCACGCGUCGCAAAUUGGAGUGCCCCCAAAUGGGUGGAUAUUAGUGGUAAUGGAGGGUUCUUCGUCAUGGCCAGCAGGUGACACGUGGCCGCAGAUAUAAAGCAAGGCCAGGCCCGCUCCUAUUUGAGCACUCAGCC